UUGAGUGCGGCUGGACUCGGAUGAACACAUCACGCGUUUGAGGCUGCCACUGUGUUUUUCAAAGGCGACCAAAGCGCUGUCAUCCCUGCCACCUACCCUAGGAUGUGAAUCAUUCUCCGAGUUGAAGUGGGAUGUAAUCACUCAGGGAGAAACUCGUGGAGUUGAACCAUUUUUGUCUUUGUCGGAGGGUCAAGCUUUUUGUCAUUUUUAAAUAAAAGUCGGACCUCUUGUUCCAGAAAACAAGGAAUUUGAAACGCUGUUAUGUGGGCUAUUUCUCCCCUCAACAGCCCCUCACGCCUUUUUGCUGUAAAAGUCGGACUUUCUCGCUCCAGAAAACGUGGAAUUCUAAAUCAUUAAAACACGUUUUUAACUCCGUUACCUCAAUAUUUGCGCAAGCUUUUUUGCGACGUUUCCAACUGCCCAGUCACAGAGUCAUAGGCUUUUCUGAGGAAAAGUUGAACAUUGUCUGCCAGAGGAAAGCAGGGAUUGAACAUUUCGAGCCUUUAUGUGGGGCGACUUCGAGUGCAUCGGGCUCUUUUUUUGGCACGUGUAGGCUAUAGGAUUCUUUUUUUGAACGUGUAGGCUAUAGGAUUAUUUUUUGGAAUGUUGGGCAAAUCAAGAACAGCGCGGGGAGAGAUGACAACGUGAGCGCAAUAACGGGAUACGAGAGAGGCAAGGCGUGCGCGAUUGUCACACACAAGGAGGAGGCUUCAGACCUCUGGGACAUAGCAGCGAGGGAGGGACAGGGAGUCUACCCCUCUCUCUCUCUCUCUCUCUCUCUCUCGCACACGCUUCGUACAGGCGAUGAGCACUGCAAGCUGACACAAGGUUAUUUGUCAUUCACCACAUUCCCUAUUAGACUCUCUCUCUCUCUCUCUCUCUCUCUCUCUCUCUCUCUCUCUCUCUCGGUCUCUCUCCUUCGCUCUCGCUGUCUCUGCCUACUACAACAGUGAGCAGGAGCAGACUGACUGGCCGACAUCAUUUGUUCUUCUGAGGAUUUGACAUUUUUCUGUCUGGUGACUAGUGAGUAACUAAAGGCAGAGCUCGUGGUUUGGAACGUUAAAGGAAGAGGCGGCAACAAGCAGCCACGAGACGUGAGACGCUUUCUGCUCUUUGCUGUCGCUUGUUGCUAUACACACCUUCGACACACACACACACACACACACACACACACACACACACACACACACACACACACACACACACACACACACACACACACACACACACACACACACACACACACACACACACACACCAUGUCGCGACUUACAACAAACAUGAGGAGGAUACACGCGCGACCACCGUGGCGGGAAUGGACGUUCUUUUGCUGCCUCCUGCGCGUUCUGUUGCUGGCUGGAUUCAGCGCACGAGACGGAACGCUCGCGGCGGCGAUGAAGUUGACACUCGCGGCGGAUGCUAGCUUCUUGCUGCCGAACGAUCAGAGUGAGUGUGGUGAGAAGAUCCUCAUUUCCCACCCGGGGUAUCUCACGUCCCCUAACUAUCCCGCUAACUACCCCCUGAGCCAGCAGUGCCACUGGCUCCUCCAGGCCCCCAGUGCAGACCAGCGCCUGCUCAUCAACUUCAACCCCCACUUCGACCUGGAGGACCGCGAGUGCAAGUACGACUACAUUGAGAUCUAUGAUGGCGACAGUGACAAAGCCCCUCGACUCCUGAAGCAUUGCGGGAAAAUCGCCCCGCCACCUCUACACUCCACCACACACCAGGUCUUCAUCCGGUUCUUUAGUGACUACGAGACGAGUGGAGCUGGCUUCUCCAUACGCUACGAGAUCAACAAACUGGCGCACCACACUGACUGCUCCUCCAACUUGACGGGCCCCAGUGGCGUGAUCCGCUCGCCCGGGUACCCAGACAAGUACCCCAACAACCUGGCCUGCACCUACACCGUGACCGCCCCCUCAGGAGAGGAGAUACAGGUGGUGUUCCUCAGCUUUAGUCUCGAACCCGACACCUCUCCCCCUUCUGGCGUCACCUGUCGCUACGAUUGGCUGGAGCUCUGGGACGGCUAUCCACUUGUGGGCAUGUUCCUGGGUCGUUUCUGCGGCGACAGUAACCCGGGGCGACUCAUCUCCCAUACCGGCAUCCUGACCAUCACCAUGACAACGGACACGGCCAUCUCCAAAGAAGGCUUCGAGGCACAAUACACCAUCAGGAAGAGGAGACACACAGGUACCUGCGAGGAGCCACUGGGCAUGGAGUCGGGGGACAUUGCGUCGGCCCAGAUCCGGUCCAAGAGCCAGUACAACCCCUCCUGGAGCCCCGAGAGGUCGCGCCUCAACUACCCCGAGAACGGCUGGACACCCAGCGAGGACUCCAGCAAGGAGUGGAUAGAGGUGGACCUGGGUUUCCUGAAGUACGUCACGGCCGUGGGAACGCAGGGCGCCAUUUCCAAGGAGACCAACAAGCACUACUACGUCAAGACCUUCAAGGUGCUCGUCAGCACCAACGGGGAGGACUGGGCUCCGGUCAAACAGGACGGAAAACACAAG